UUUAGUCAAUCUGAAUGCUGCUGUUAUUCACAGAAGCCUGAUUUUAACAAAAUACUUGCACUUUUGCGGUAGAAAAAUUUACAUGUGAGGUCACGACAGAGAGAAGUCGUUGCAUGUGACCGAAGCUCAGUGCACUGAUAAGUCCGGGUUUGGAAGGAUGAGUACUGAAAUCUUAGAAUGAUUGGGACAAGAUUGGAUGCAAAGGGAAAGUUGUCACAUGCAGUCAGAGUUCAACAAUGUAGGUCACUAAUUGGAAUACAUCUUUAACAAGUGCUAGUUAGGAUACUGCCUUCUGGGUACGCCAUGGAUUUCAGUCACUACAACGGGACCCCAGAUGGGCUUUUCACCAAUAGCUUUCAGUCUAAAUGCCGAAUACGUUGCCAUGGAUCCAGGAUCCAGGUUGGAGAACGGGAAUUUAUUUCUGCUUCGGAGGCCCUUCAGGCAUACAUGGACCAAUAUGCGGGCCUAAAGCCCAAGGGAGAUAAGUAUGAUAUGAAUGUGACAGACCUACUGGAUCCCAAGUCUGUGUUACACCAGACAGCAGAACGGUCCUUAAAGACGGGGGUGCGUGCUACACCCACGGAGCUGAAACUGGCCCAAUCCAGGGAUUCCAUCAACAACUCCUACGACCGGAUGAACAAGUCCAGUGCCUUGAGGGCAGAAGGAUCGACUGGGCGGCGUUCAAGGGCUGAGGAUGCUUUGAACCGGUCAGGAAGACUUUUGAACAGACUAGCUAACGACGAGAAGGUACCGAUGGUUGGUGCAGCCAGUGAUGUGGGCAGCAUGGCCACUGAUGUCCUGUUGUCUAUGAACCCAGUGGGUGGCUACAGCAAGGAAUAUACAGCUGCACUUGCUGCGGCUUCAGAGGCUGAGGAGCCCAAGCGGCGUGGCCAUGUGUACUCGUACAGGACUGCGCUCACACGGUCAAGGUCACUCAGUAGAGAAAGACCUGGUGCGGAGUCUGACCUCCAGCCUGAGUUAAAGAAGGACUCUAAGACAAAUAAACCCCCCUCUAGUUACCGGCCGCCGGUUAGUGGGAGUGGUCUCCCAAGGGAGAGGAGUCGUUCUGUGUCACCUUCCUCCUUCAGGCAGCAUGAUCGUCUAUUCAGUGAUCCACAAAGUGCCUCCCGCAAAGACUUCAGAUUAGACACCAACACAUCCAAACAUAAGGCUCCUAGUUGGAUAGAGGCCUUGGAUAUUUCUAAUCCUGGUGACAAUUUAUGGUCCAAGCGUGACCUCAUUGCGGGUCGUCCUCCACCCAGUUGGGUACAGGGCCUGGAUGGGUCGGACGUUAACAGUUUAGUGUCAGGUGUUACCAGUUACCAGACAGACAUCAAUAAUCUGUUAGCUCCAAAUAUGGACAUUUCAGGACUUGGAAACUCAACACUGUCCAACCCGCCUGGUCUGUCCUAUAAGGACCUGAUGGUGACACCCACCAAGGGUAAAUCUGUGAACUUUGACCUAUCCUCAAAUAAUUUCACUCCGAGGAAAUUACCUGGAGAGAAGUUUGAAAUAGCAAGUAAACUACCUAGAGAAGUAUUAGAGAGUGGGAAUACUAAGCUGGACAGUAGUGAUGCCCUUGACCGGUACCUAGAGGGGUUAGGGUGCGGCCCCAAACCCCCCACUUCCUCAGGUCUGACUGGCAUCAACUCAGACAGCCAGUAUGAUGCACCCAGGUGUUCCAGUUUAGAUACUACAGCAUUGUUAAAUGGGUUGUCUGCCCCUACCAAAAGUGAUAUUACAGGGGCAAGUCCCAUCUCACGGAGCGGUAAAUCCCCUAUGGGAAGCCCCAUCAGACAGAGUCGAUCUCGGUCAAGGCCACAGACCCCCGACACAGACCUGGUAUUAGAUGGUGAUCGGCCAUGGGAAAAACCACUUGCAUCAAUCAAGGCUCCUGUUUAUAUAUCUGAAGAGGAAUCGGGGCCUGGAGAUGCUGCAGGGGAGUGCGAUACCCUGACUGGCCGGACACAGCUUGGGAGUCUGGAGACACUUAAAAAUAUGCUGUUUAAGUUACAAGCUGAAGCUUCAGAAGAAACUACAAAUCGUGAGAAAAUAGCUCAAAUAAUUGCAGCCUCAAGGAAGGAGCUCAAUGCCAGUAAUUCCUCCCUGAAACCUGAUGAAGACUUACCUGCCCUGAAGGGUUACAAUUUCCAGGGGGAACCUGGGGGCCAGUCCCUGGAGAAAGCUAUGGUUCAUCUUGGAAGGUUAAAAGAUCUAGUGGAAGUUGGUAAAAUUGAGCAACGCAGCCGAUCUGCCUCCAGGGACCGCAGUAUGUCACGGAGCAGAAGUGUCUCUCCUUUGCGACUGCUCUCUCAACCUAUCCUUAGCUAGGACUACGCUAUGCAUGUAGCUCUGUUUCUAUAGAUCUAUGAUGAACUCCUUGGGGCUGACCCCCGGCUUCACCAAUGGAGAAGGUCCUGACAUGGGGUUGUUGAGGAUUUGCUGUUCACAGAUCCACCUGCUGAACAAACUCAUAUUAACCUCAUCAGUUAAAAACAAAAAUGAUAUACCUCUUCAUUUAUGAAAAGUGCUCUGCGAUCCUACCUGGAAUGUAGCUAUGCAAGGGAAAUAAUCUACUUUGAGAUAGAAAUCCACAGCUGGGACAGAACAGAUUCUAUCAUUGACAUCAAUAUAAAAGCUUUAAACUUAAGGUAUAUCUAAAAUCAUCAGCAUUCCAGAAUUGUUCAACAUGAAUUCCUUUUUUCCCCCAGAGUAAUAUAAGCUAGUUCAUUGUAAAUUUUGUAAGAAUUCAUAAUGGGCUAACUAUUGUCCUUGUCCAUUAAGUUUCGUGAAGCCCUGAUUUAGUUUGUCACUAAUUACAACCUGUCGGGCUACCUCUUAGAUGUGGCUGUUUGAAUUGGUGUCUUUUCGUGAUGUAGUUCCAGUGAGUCAAUUUAACAGGGAGGUCUUGGAGUUCGUUAACCUAAUUAUUUCUUAAACAACAACCAUUUUGGUGGCUUCCGCUGGCAGAGUUAUUUCAGAUACAAAAAUAUAAAACUAUAGAAAUGUCCACCUAAAGACUGCAUGUUUUGCAUUCAAAUUUUUUCUUUCAUUUUUUAGUUAACUUAUUUUGGGAUGAAGAAAUCUGCAAAAAAUUGAAACUGAUCAUGAAUUGUCAUUGGAAAUGUGAUCUACAAAAUAUACUGAAACCCGAGUUAAAGAAGCUCGUUAAUGUCGGACAUGACUGUAACACUGAUGUCUAGGUUUCACAGUAGUUCUUGUUUCUUGGUAAUUAUUAUUUAUAUAACUUAAAUAAUGAUAAAUUUAGUAAGUUAGCAAUUAUGUUGUUUGUUUGUGUUCCAAAUCAUUUCAAAGAUCAUUCUUUUUACAAUGCUGAGCAACAGAAUUAAAUUUCAUUUUCAUUUAAUUUAUUAACAUACUGAUGAUUCAUCACCAUUUGAUUUUAAACAUUUAACUUAGUCAAUUUUACAGUGCAGCUGCCUUCAUUUUCUUACACAUUCCAGAAUUAUAUUGUGGCUAUCUGGUGAGCUCCUGAAUAAAAGUGGCAAUCGAGUCUAUGGAUGCUCAAUUUCUGUUGAAAUAGUUGUAUUGAAAUAUUAUAGAUACAAAAAUGUAUAAAAACAGGAUCUUUUUUUUUGCUACUAUUGACGAUGUCUUUUAACUCAUUCACCCCUGAAAUUUCUUAAUGAACUAUUCCAACCUUUGAAUUGGAAGAGUUCAAAUGUGUCUUCAGGGGUAAAUGAGUUAAGUUGGUUCCAUGUUAAGAGUCCUAGCAUUCUCUCUUCAAUAGAAACAUGACCUCAGUGACAUUUGUUUACGACACCCUUAGCAGUUUUUAUCGUAACAUGUUUACACUGUUGUACUGAAUACUGCACAUUUGGUAAUUGAUCAACAAUAAAAGGUAUGGUGACAUUCAAUCAAGUUUCAACAAAAAGUAAUCUCAACUGAUUGAUAUUUUUUGAAAUAUUGUACAUGUAUUGAAAUUAAAUUAUUGUAUCUCCAUUUCCUGUUGCUAUUCCGUGGCACCUGUAUUUAGUAAAUAAAACAUUCACUCCACACUAACUGUGAUAUUACAUAGGAACAUUCCUAGCCUCAGUAUUGUACUUUUUUAAACUCAUAUUUGUACAGAAUUAUUGUAAUGAUAAUUUUUCAUAUUGUUUAUAAACUAAAAUAAAACUUACUACAUCCG